AUGGCGAACAAAAAAAUUGAUUCCUUCUUUAAGAAAAGAGGUUCUGAAAAUAUUGUUCAAAAUUCCACCAAUAAUGUUGAAACUUCAACUCAUCUGGAACAACGUCCUGCUAAACUUCCAAGAGUCGAAUCUAAAGAAGUUGAUACAUCUUCUUUGGUAAGGGAUCCAAGGUUGCGUCAACAAAUAUGGGAUUACCCGGUAUCUGAACGUGAUGAGAUCAGACGUGCUUAUAUCAAAUCCGAGCCAUAUCAACCCAAGGCUUUGAACAAUCAACCUUUUGAAACUGAUAAGAAUGUACGUCGUUUUUUAGAUUCUUGGUACAAGUUAUUUCUGGAUUGGUUGGAAUACUCUCCAACAAAAAAUCGUGUGUUUUUCCUUCCAUGUUUUCUUUUUACUAAGCCAACUGGACGCCCUGGAUCUAGUGCUUUUACGAUCAAGGGAUUUUCUUCUUGGAAGAAAGUCAAUAAAGGGAAGAAUUGUCCCUUGUUAUCGCAUAUGGGCAAGGAUCCUACCUCAUCGCAUAGAGUUGCUGUCAAAUAUUGUUGUGAUUUAACAAAUCAAGCGCAGCAUAUUGAGGCCUCGAUAGAUGUGAUUAAAUGGUUAACAUUCCAAGCCUGUGCUUUUAGAGGUCGUGAUGAAAGCCACGAAUCUAACAACCGAGGGAAUGUUAUUGAGUUGAUAAAGCUCUUGGCUUCUUAUAAUGAGGAUGUGGCAACAGUGGUUUUGGAAAAUGCUCCUAAAAAUGCUUCUUAUCAUUCCCAUGGGAUUCAAAAGCAGAUUCUUAGUAUCUUCUCUGAUAAGAUACAAAAAUUCAUUUGUGAGGAGAUUAAUGAUGGGAAUUUUUGCAUUCUAGUUGAUGAAUCUGAAGAUGAAUCGAAAAGAGAGAAAAUGGCAAUUAUUUUGAGAUUUGUUGAUAAAUAUGGUUUUAUAAAGAGCGGAUAUGAUGGUGCCAAUAACAUGUCUGGAGAAUGGACUGGGUUGCAAGCUCAAAUUUGUGCUGAGUGUCCAUUCGCAUAUUGUGUUCAUUGCUUUGCUCAUCGGCUCCAAUUGGCUUUAGUAGGGGCAUCUAAACAGGCUGCAGAUAUUGCUGAAAAGCUUGCCAUUGAUGAUGAAUUCGAGACUGGUAAAGGAAAAAAUCAGAUUGGAACAUUGAAAUGGGCUAGAGAUACUCGAUGGGGUUCUCAUUUGGGUCCCAUUUGUAGUUUGAUAAACAUGUUUAGUGCUACUUGUGCAGUCCUAAGAAACAUAAUUAAUGAUGGAAGCAAAUCGAACCAACGAACUAAGGCAGAUGAAGUUUAUGAUUCCAUUACAUCUUUUGAGUUUGUCUUCAUCUUACAUCUUAUAAAGGAUAUCAUGGAGAUUACUGAUAAUCUUUGCCAAGCUUUGCAAAGUAAAUCUCAAGAUAUAUUAAAUGCAAUGCAUUUGGUGUCUACAACGAAGAUACUUAUUCAAAAAUUUAGAGAAGAUGGAUGGGUUCCAUUGUUGGAGAAAAUUAAAUUAUUUUCUAAUGAUCAUGGUAUACAGAUUCCUGAUAUGAGCUGUCCUUAUAAAGGAGGCCGAGGUCGGUCUCGUUCUGAAAGAGAUCAGCCCACAAUGGAACAUCAUUUUCGAGUUAAUAUUUUUAUGGUUACAGUUGAUUCUCAGUUACAAGAAUUAAACAAUAGAUUUAAGGAAGAUGUAAUGGAAUUGCUUGUUCUUAAUUCAACUUUGGAUCCUAGGGAUGGUUAUAGAUCAUUCAAAAUUGAGGAUAUUUGCAAUCUUGCAAAUAAAUUUUAUCCCGUGAAUUUCCCUGAGCAAGAAAAAUUGCAUUUGAAGUAUCAGUUGGAAAACUAUAAGCUUGAUAUUUCCAUACUUCCCGAGUUUUAG